AUGGCGCCAACUGUGAAGUAUAUGGGAAUGUACGAUUUUGUUCCUUCAAAAGCAGCGGCAAUUGCUUUUGGGAUACUGUUCCUCAUAACUACGCUACUUCAUCUUUUCCAGCUCGUCCACAAAAGGACAUGGUUCUACAUCCCUUUCCUCAUCGGUUGUCUAUUCGAAGCCAUCGGAUACAUGACGAGAGCCAAGUCCGCAACACAGUAUCCUGAUUAUGAUCUCGGUCCUGAAGUCAUUCAAUACAUCCUGAUUCUUGUUGCCCCCGCUUUGCUCGCUGCCAGUAUCUACAUGGAGUUUGGUCGCUUGAUCAUCAUGACCGACGGAGACAGGUUUUGCUUCAUUCGCCGAACGUGGCUCACUAAGAUCUUCGUCAUUGGCGAUAUCAUAUCAUUCUUGGCGCAGUUCAGCGGUGGUGCAAUGCUCGCGAACGAUACUACUGCCAGCAAAGGACAAAAUAUCAUGAAGGUCGGCGUCGUUGUUCAACUUUUGUUUUUUGGUGUCUUCAUCGCCACGAUCAUCGUUUUCAACAUGCGGUUGUCCAAGCAAGGCUCGCGGACAAAGCACAUUGUGCCCUGGAAGAAACACAUUGUAGCGCUAUAUUGCACCGGGAUAUUGAUAUUGAUACGAUCAAUCUUUCGACUUAUUGAGUUUGUGGAGAGCACAGAUGGCCCACUAAGCAGGUACGAGUGGCUUUCGUAUGUAUUUGAUGCGGUUUUGAUCCUCAUAACGUGUGUGAUAUUGAAUUAUAUCCAUCCUGGAGAAAUUAAAAGGUAUAUCAAGGCGGUCCAGUCUCCUAUCGGAGGAUUUGAGAUGGACCGUAGACACGAUCAUGGAGCGUUAUACACAUCGAUGGAGGACUGA